AACGAGGCGAUUGAUAGAAUGCCCCAGGCGGAUAUCAACCACAGCCUGGACGUUCCACCAUCAGAGACUGAAAUCCUACAGGCACGAGUGUUGCUGAAUCCCCUGAUUGACCACCUGGAACAGGGUCUAUUACCCAAGACACAGUGCGGCUUUCGUAAAGAGCGUGGCACUGUGGACAUGAUCUUCGCAGUCCGACAGCUCCAAGAGAAGUGUCAAGAGCAGAAUUGUGAACUGUACACCAUCUUUGUGGAUCUCACCAAGGCUUUUGACACUGUCAGUCGUGAAGGUCUGUGGCGUAUCAUGUCGAAGUUUGGGUGCCCUGAUAGAUUCAUCCUGAUGGUACGUCAGUUCCACGACGGCAUGAUGGCUCGUGUUCUGGAUGAUGGAGAAGCUUCAGAGGCCUUUCCCGUCACAAAUGGCGUCAAGCAAGAUUUACCCUUGAAUAUACGAAAGCCCUCCAAGUCACCACACCAGAAGACACAGAGAACAAGGCAAACUAGCACAAUAGGAAAUCAAAAUGAAUGCAGAGAUUCAGUCUCUAGUGAUUCUGAUAAUGAGAGUGAAGAUGAACUACAUUACGUGAUGUUACCAGAUACUGCCCAUGGCACAGAGGCUCUGAAUCCAAAGGCAGAAACAUUUCAUCCACAAGUGAGAAAUGAGGAUGUUGUUGAUUGUGUAAACUUGAAAGCUGCUGAUCAUACUGAUGUGACACUCAUGCCAGCUGUUGAAAGACCAAAAUGA